AUGAGGCUCGGGUUAUCCCUCGUCUGGUUGGAAAUCGGCUACUUCCGUAUUUCGGACCUUGAGACAAUGGACCCUUGUCGGAAGCACAAUCAGACCAAAAAUGGUCUGAUUGGUGGUCUGAUCGUGUCAAUGCCAACACUGCAGUUCUCUCGAGAUGCUUUGGCCGAGCAAGGAAAGGCGGCCCAAGUGCCCCGAUUCCAACCAGUGCUUGAGCUAACGUACCAUCGGAAGCGGCCGGUAAAGGAGGGUGAUUUCAUGGCUGCUGUUUCUGACGUUAAUGCAACGAAGAAACUGCACAUCACAGGCAAGUACAAGCACGGAAUGGAUUAUGGUGUCGCAGCGAAUGGGUUAUCGAAGCGCGAUGCCCUCGAGUUCCCAGACCCAUUCGCUGUCAUAACUGUAGACGCACAACAGACUGCCACUACCAGUACAAUCAAAAGGACUCUCGAUCCGUACUGGAACGAAGGUUUCGAUGAAUCAUCUGUCAUCGCAAUUCAAGUACUUGAUCAGGGAAAAAUCGAAGAGCCGGAUCAGGGGUUCCUUGGAGCUGUCAAUAUUUGUGUCCGGGAUCACAUCGAUAUCCACAGUGAAGGGCGAGAAAUGCUCACCUUGAACCUCGAGGGGUCAAACGAUAACUUCGUAGUACAUGGAAAGCUCACGGUCUGUUUAUCCACGGAUACGAACAUGCCUAAUCCAAAUCUUGGUGUGUCCCAAGCGGUGGCUGCGUUGGAAGGUCUUGACCUGUCUGCCUCCACAAGCACCAUUGGGGAUACCCGUUCCAUCGGUGAUACUUCUGAUAUUCUGUCCCCCGCUUCUGCAUCGGUAUCGAGCCCUCCAGCAGCCUCAACUCUCGAGCACUCCGAUUCCCUUCGUAGUAGUCACCCUGCUAACGCCACCUCCCCAGCGAUUACUAACCUGAACAGUAUCUCAUCACCAGCUACAAACGCGGCGACGGACGCAGCUGCCACUUCCGCAAAUGCUCAAGCAGUGAAUGACACGCGGAAGUUCAAUCCCUACGAGGAUCAACAUGGCCCGUUGCCCCCUGGAUGGGGACGCUGGAUUGAUCAUCUUGGUCGCACUUACUACGUCGAUCACAAUACCCAAACUACGACAUGGGACAGACCUUCUAACAACCAGACGGCGAACACUCAAGCGCAGCAGGAUACUGAUACUGCCAAUCGUCGCAUUCCGGCGGAUGACCUUUUGGGGACUGCAAGCAGUUCACGUUCAGGAGGUGCCACUCCUGCCACUGGUGGUGCCACCGCUGUUGUAGGUGCAAAUGGUCCGCAGACAACCACUGGAAGUGGGCCUCUGCCCGCUGGAUGGGAAGAAAGGCAUUCACUUGAAGGUCGCCCUUACUAUGUUGACCACAACACCAGAACGACUACUUGGGUGGAUCCCCGUCGUCAGGCACUUGUCCGAACGCUUGGACCUGAUGGGAAUGAGGUCACGGUGCAACGUCAGCCUAUCUCCCAGCUUGGUCCCUUGCCCUCUGGGUGGGAGAUGCGCCUCACGUCUACUGCUCGUGUUUACUUCGUUGAUCAUAACACAAAGACUACGACCUGGGAUGAUCCUCGUCUGCCAUCAUCGCUCGACCAGAGCGUACCGCAAUCCAAGCGUGACUUCUAUCGCAAGCUCAUCUAUUUCCGUUCUCAACGUGAAAUGAGAAGCCAACCGGGUAACUGCCAAAUUAAGGUUCGACGAAACCACAUUUUCAAGGACAGUUACGCGGAUAUCAUGCGUCAGCCUCCAAGUGAUCUGAAGCAGCGUGUGAUGAUCGUGUUCGAUGGCGAAGAUGGUCUUGGUCUUUCUCGGUCAGUGGAGACUAUUUGUCUAUUGUUGAGUUUGUCCCCUUAUCCUUCCAAGUUGUGUAGUGAAUCCUUCAUGUUGCUUUCUCACGAGAUAUUCCGACCAUCCCACUCUCUGUUCGAGUACUCGGCAGCGGACAGCAAUACUCUUCAGAUCAACCCUUCCUCUGCCAUGAACCCCGAACAUUUGGACCAUUUCAAGUUUAUUGGAAGGGUCAUAGGUCUCGCCAUCUUCCAUCGCCAAUUCCUAGACGCCAACUUCACCACUGGAUUCUACAAAAUGAUUCUCAAGAGGAAGACUACCCUCAGUGACUUGGAAAGCGUUGAUGCCGAACUCCAACGUCAUAUGACUUGGAUUUUGGAGAAUAACAUUACGAAUAUUGUCAAUGAGACGUUCACCAUGACGGAAGACCGUUCCGGCGAGAUUGUGACGAUCGAUCUCAAGCCUAAUGGUGCCGACAUCCCCGUGACGGAGGAAAAUAAGAAGGAAUACGUGGAGGCGGUGAUCGAGCACCGUAUUGUUCGUCGUGUGAAAGAACAGUUCGACGCUCUCAUGUCUGGUUUUAGCGAAAUAAUCCCUCAAGAACUCAUCAGUGUGUUCAACGAGCGGGAACUUGAGCUUCUCAUUGGAGGCAUAUCCGAGAUCGAUGUUGAUAAUUGGGAAGAGCACACACUUUAUCGUGGCUACGAGAGGAACGAUGAAGUCAUUCGGUGGUUCUGGCAAAUCAUUCGAAGCUGGCCGACUGAGCGGAGGUCUCGCUUGCUCCAGUUUGCUACUGGAAUGUCACGUAUCCCCUUCGGUGGGUUCAAGGCUCUCCGAAGUCCAAGCGGUCCUCAACGGUUCACGAUCGGAGGAACUGGAGGCCCUAGUAAAUCAUUGCCGACGAGUUAUCCCCCUUUCCAUCGCAUUGAUUUUCCCCCUUACGAAGAUUACGAUACCUUGGAGCGCCAGCUGCUUGUUGCCAUAGGGGGAGCCUCAACACGGAAGUGA